UGUUAUUAUCAAAUUAAAUUGUCAGUGUUGUUCGUGUCUAUUCGUCGAACAUGAUGAUGAUAACAUUUCAUCGAAAAAAAAAAACAUGAUAAUCUAUGUAGUAUGAUGGUGAUAGUUGAUCAAUUUAAAAUUGAUUAUGUUUAAUUGAUUGAUUGGAAACCAUAUCCAUUUUAUUGUUGUUUUUAGUUUUUCGAAUCUAGCCAGCCUCAAAAAAUACAAUGCGUUCCAUUUUGCUUUCGUCGAUAUUUUUGCUCAUAUUUUCUGGUUCCUGUUUGGCCAUUCUUGAUGCAUUCACAGAUGGUUUGGAUCUUGGAGGAUAUUCAUUACCACGUAGUGUUAAUAAUUAUGAACUUCAUGAUUCAUGUUUAAUUGAACUACGAAAACAGAUGAAUCUUGAAAAACAUGCUAGUCUUGUCUAUAAACAGAUGGCAUUUCAUUUUGGUAGCGUAAAAAUGGCCAGACCUGGAUUUUCAAAAAUUUUUGAACAUCAUUCCACUGAAGAACAUGAACAUUCGAAUAAAUUCAUCAAAUAUAUUGAUUUACGUGGCGCUACAAUCGGAAGUUUUAAUAUAACGAUGCCACAUAAAACAUCAUGGUCUAAAGCAUUGGAAGCGGUUGAAGAUGCAAUCGAAUUGGAACAUUUUGUUACAAAUGAAAUUAUCCGCAUACAUCGUAUUGCCGAAAAAACCUGCAAAGAUGUUCAUCUGAUGAAUUUUCUGGAAAAUGAUUUCAUUGAAGAACAAAUUUCAUCGAUUAAUAAAUUAAUGAAAUUGGCAACAUUAUUACGAUCGGUUGGCGGUAACGAUGGUGGUUAUGGUGAAUAUCUUAUUGAUCGUGAUUUCUUCAACGGCAAAUUAUCUUUAGACGAACUUUGAAGGACAUGCAAAACGCCCAUCGUAUCAUUCGAUUGAGGUUUUUUUUGGUUCUUUUUAAUAAAUUUUUGUUUUCGGUUUUUUAGAUCAAUUGACCUUUAUUAAUAAAAAAAAAGAAAAAUUAUUGAUUAAUCGAUUGAUUUGACAAUAAAAACUCACGACGAUUCGUUUUUUGGGUCGUUGUUGUUGUUUCCAA